AUUUAUUUGAAUAAUAAAUAAUAAAUGAAUUCUUAUUUCUCAGAUUUUCUUAGGAUUUGCAACGAUGGUUUGUGCACAAUAUAAUAGAUACCCGUAUAACCCUGAUUAUUAUGGUCGACGUUUUGCUAUACUGCGACAAACGCAAAAUUCUUCUCCGGAUGGAUCAUAUUCUUACAGUUACGAUACAGAAAAUGGCAUAUCUGUAGCAGAACAAGGUACACCCAAGUUUAUUGGACCGAAUCAAAUUGAAUCAGUUCGAGGACAAUUUAGUUAUACUGCACCGGAUGGCACACCGAUUUUGCUUACUUAUACUGCUGACGAAAAUGGUUUUCUACCAAAUGGUGCUCAUUUACCAACACCACCACCAAUACCAGUAGCGAUACAACGUGCUUUGGUUCAUAAUGCAGCUCAUCCUGAAGAAGAAGAACCUUAUAGAAGAUAUUGAUGAACAUAAAGCAUAUUUUAACUCUCUAAGAAAGCUCUAGUGACAUAAAUAGAAUAGUACAACAUAGAUAUGAAAAAAGAUUUUCAAAA